CUGGUGUUUGACAGCCCCGCGCUGCAUGCCGGGAUACAUCGCGCUCUUGUUUACAAGAUGGUAGAAGAGGAGAUUUCGCUCUGACCUAUAAACAGAAAAGUGUUGAGACUUUCUGACGUCCUCACACGCUUGGACCUGAUUUUUAGUGUUCGUGUCGUCGCGGAUACUGAAGGUGUUUGUUUAUUUCAGACGGAGCGACGCAGACUGGAGCGACUGAAUGUGGCCGAAACAGCAGCAGCAGCAGCGGCAGCAGCUCUCAGACUGACAGCAGAUUUUUGCACUGUCACUGACAGACAGUCAGGCAGACAGACAGACAGACAGACAGACAGACAAACAGGCAGGCAGUCAGGCAAACAGGCAGACAGGACUGUAAAACCCUGUUAAAAUCACAGAGGACUGUAAAUUGGGCCUGAAGGAGGAAACCUGAAUCCAGCCGAAUGAACAGAGCGGCUGCAAAGCAUCUAAUUGAGCGCUACUUUCGGCAGUUAACAGACGGCUGUGGAAAUGGCGCCUGCACGAAUGAGUUUUGCGCAUCGUGCUGUGAUUUUCGACCUUUGGAUAACAAUGCAGCCGCCGCCAAGGCACUCGAGCUGUUUAAGAUUAACGCCAAACUCUGCAAUCCUAACCCCUCCAAGAAAGAAUCGGACUCCAGUGCCGAUGAAAACUCUCUUCUGGACAGUAAAAUGAGCGACAAAGAGAACUUUUCAGAUGUUCAUCACCUCACAGAAAACACUGUAUGUACGCUCCUGAGCUCCUGCGAGGAGGAAGGGGACUACUCUGCUCUCGUCCGCGUCAUUGGCCGGGUUUUCUCCAACACAGAGUCCCUAAUGAAGAGUUUCAGGAAGGAUGAACACAACGCUGCUGACAACCUGGACUCUUCAAAACCAACAGAAGUGGACAAGCAGAGUGAGGAGACUUCAGAAGCGAUGGGUGCUUCCUCGGCAGCUGCUGGCGAGGGUGCCAGCAACAUGUCCGAUCCUUGUGAGGUUACGGUGGACAUCUGCGCCGUGAGGAGAGUCUACGACAGACUCCUAACCAUCGACCAGGUGGAGGCAGCUCUCGUGAACGCAAUCAUUUACCUCACUCCAAAUAUGGAACUCGACCUGGAAUACCUUGAUGUGUACGAAACAAACCCAGAUUACCUGAAUAUCUUCAUCAUCGUGAUGGAGAACAGUAACCUGCACAGCCCGGAGUACCUGGAGGUAGCACUGCCACAGUUCUGCAAAGCAAUGAGCAAAUUGCCGGUGGCCGCGCUCGCCAGGCUGUCUAAGAUCUGGUCCAAGUACGAUCUCCCACACAUCCGCCGCAUGAUGGAGACCUUCCAGCAGCUCAUCACUUUCACGGUAGUCAGCAAUGAGUACGACAGUGAAAAUCUGGUAAAUGAUGAUGAGACUGUGGUGGCUGCGACCCAGUGUUUAAAAGUCGUCUUCUACGCAAGUAUCCUGGCUGGUGAUGUCAAUGUGGAGCACAACGACGACGAAGAGGAAGACUCGGAGUCCGAUGAGCUCACGCUGCAUGAGAUGCUGGGUGAGGAGCAGCUCUAUAAGAAAGGCCCUCGGGUCGAUCCUCUGGAGAAAGAACUGGGCGUCAGACCUUUAGAUAGCAUAAAACCCCUCAUCCCCUUUGAGGAUUUUAUUAACGAGUCACUUAACGAGGUGGUGGAGAUGGACAAAGAUUUCACCUUCUUUAAGGUCAACGCCGAAACCAAGUUUUCUUUCCAGACCUGCCCCUUCAUCCUCAAUGUGGUCACCAAGAACCAAGGACUGUACUACGACAACAGGAUAAGAAUGUACAGCGAGCGCCGGCUCACGGCCCUCUACAGCAUGGUCCAGGGCCAGCAGCCCAACCCUUAUCUCAAGCUCAAAGUACGAAGAGAUCACAUCAUCGACGACGCCCUCGUCAGACUGGAGAUGAUCUCCAUGGAGAACCCGUCCGACCUGAAGAAGCAGCUGUUUGUUGAGUUCGAAGGGGAGCAAGGCGUUGACGAGGGAGGCGUGUCAAAGGAGUUCUUUCAGCUGGUCUUGGAGGAAAUUUUCAAUCCUGACAUAGGAAUGUUCACCUACGACGACGAUACGAAACUCUUUUGGUUUAAUUCAUCCUCGCUUGAGAAUGAAGCGCAGUACACUCUCGUCGGACUCGUCCUGGGGCUCGCCAUUUACAACAACUGCAUCCUGGACGUACAUUUCCCUAUGGUCGUCUACAGGAAACUCAUGGGCAAGAAAGGGACCUACUUGGACCUGUCAGACUCUCAUCCAGCUCUGUUCCAGAGUCUGAAGGAGCUGCUUGAGUACACGGGCAACGUAGAGACAGACAUGAUGCUCACCUUCCAGAUAUCACACACAGACCUUUUCGGAAGUCCGGUCUUACAUGAUUUAAAGGAGGAUGGAGAAGAGAUCCCUGUCACCAAGGAGAGCAGACAGGAGUUCGUGGACCUGUAUACUGACUACAUACUGAACACGAGCGUGGAGAGACAAUUCAAAGCCUUCAAGAAAGGUUUCCAAAUGGUCACGAAGGAGUCCCCGCUGAAAUAUUUGUUUAGACCUGAGGAAGUGGAGAUGCUGAUCUGUGGCAGCAGGAAACUCGACUUUGAGGCUCUUGAAAAGACGACGGAUUAUGACGGAGGUUACAGCAAAGACAGUCAAAUAAUCAAAGACUUCUGGGAAACGAUUCACUCGUUCGGGGAGGAGCAGAAGAGGUUGUUUCUUCAGUUCACCACCGGCACAGACAGAGCACCAGUCGGCGGACUCGGCAAAUUAAAAAUGAUCAUCGCGAAGAAUGGCUCGGACACAGACAGGCUACCAACCUCUCACACCUGCUUUAAUGCACUGCUGCUCCCAGAAUACUCCUCCAAGGAGAAGUUGAAAGAGAGACUCCUCAAGGCCAUCACUUACGCCAAAGGAUUUGGGAUGCUGUGACAAAUCCACGAGGGAAAGUUUUGCGACUGCAUUUUAACCAAACAAAAGGGACUAUCACAGUAAUACAGAGAGGGAAAUAACAUGAAACAAGAUGCUGCAAUAACCCUGUGCCUAACCAACCCCUUACCGGUCAUACUCCGCUGUCGGCCUUUCAGUCUGAGGCCUAACUUCCUCUGAGAGCUAGUUUCAUUUAUCGCUACAUUAGGGUCUCCCAAAGAGUUCAAGGCAGCACUUACAUGAUUUGUUUUUUCUCGUGUGUUUUUGAUUUUGGGGGCGAACAUGAACAAUAUAUGAUUUGUGAAGCUGUGAAAGUGCACUUAUACACCGUAUUUUAGUGAAUGCCAGCACAUACAGUAUAUUUAUUGACGUUGAAGUUUGAAUUUUCUCUUGUUUUUUUCUAGUUCUUGAUGGUGUAGCAGUAUUCAGUCCUCAGGCUCCAUCCCACAGCUGAGUGCACUGAGCAUAAUGGUGCUUCUUGGUCAUGAUUGUCAUUGUAGUAUAUUGAGAUGAAGCCUUUUAUAUUACUGCUAACCCAAACAGCCUCACUGACAAGCUUAUAUGUAAACUGUUUCCCGUCAGUGCGAUAGCAAACACACCACUAACCUGUAGGUUAUUUUAAAGUAUUUCUUUGUCGUGCCUGUUAUGUAGAAAAUGAGUACAGUGUGUUGUGAAACAGUGAACCUGAUCAGAUUGCGGGGUUUCGAUAGCUUGCACGGUUUCAAAAUGUACCGACUGACUGGUCAGGCCAGACUCUCACAUCCUGAAACAAGUGUUUCUCUUCCUUUUGGUUUGUUUGCUAUUAAGUGUUUUUUUUUUUUUCUUCUGAUGGCACAUUUUGUAAGUGCAGUUGCCAAAUGUGCGAUGCCUAUUUAAGAAAAGAGUCACAUGACGUGUUUUUGUUUGGCCAAUUAUCUCAGGUACAUAAAGAAUGUGCAGAAAAUGUGACACUCUGAUGUAAAGCAAUUAUUAUGCAAAGUAAAUAAAAUUGAAGAAAUA